UGACAGUGCUGCCUACCUUCUGUAAAACGACUCGAUUAACGACGGAAUUAAGAGUGUAAAAAAGAGAGGAGUUUCGGAUGUAGAAAUGCAGAACUAUCCAAAAAAUGUUUUGCUCAUCAGUGGUAAAAGGAAGUCUGGAAAGGAUUUUAUAUCUGAAAAGAUUGUGAACAGACUGGGUGCUGAUAAAACUUUAAUAGUUAGAAUUUCAGCUCCAAUAAAAAGUCAUUGGUCUAAGCUGCACAGCUUGGACUUUGACAAGCUGUCAGGCACAGAUGAAUACAAGGAGAAGUACAGGAAAGACAUGAUUCAGUGGGGGGAGCAGAUUCGACGAGAAGACUACGGAUAUUUCUGUAAAGCUGCCAUAGACAUGUUUGGUGCCAUGCAGAAACAAAUUUGGAUUGUGAGCGACAUCAGACGACAAACAGAUAUUCGCUGGUUCAUGGAGAAUUUUGGAGCGGUAGUGAAAACCUUGAGGUUGCGAGCUGGACAGGAUGUUAGAAAACAGAGGGGCUUUAUCUUUACACCUGGGGUGGACGAUGUUGAGUCUGAGUGCGGCCUGGACCACUUCAAUAACUGGGAUUGGGAGUUCCAGAACAAUGGCAGCGAUGAUGCAGAAAAGAUCUGUAUGGCAGUGGAAGGAUGGAUUUACUCUGAAAAUUAAUGAAUCUUUUGAUUUAAAGUGAGGUCAAGAAAAAGAAUCAAUUGCAUUCAUUUCCACAUGAAAACUACAGUAUUAUUGUGGCUUGUAUUUAACCAGCACAGAACUGUAAGCAAGGAAAUUAUAAGGCUACUAUUGCUACUGGCUUGGGCACAAAAGCACUUGGUUAAAUAACUUGGGUGUAAGGUGUUGGUAGCAUUUGAUCUGUGAAGAAUUUUCCUGCUGGGAUAUAUCUUGUCCUCUUUUGAUAAUUUUUGUAUUCCUUUUUGUACGUUUGUACUAACUGUUAAAUUGUUUACUCUUUAUUUAUGGACCAGAUAUGUUGUGUUUAAUUAAUUUUAUACAAUUAUUUAACAGGUAUUUGCUUUUCUGUUUUGUUUACUAUCUUAUUGAAAGAAAGAUGCACAUAAUUUUAAAGAUUU